AUGGCGCCGCUCCGCCGCCGGCCGCUGCUGCGGGCGCUGCUGCCGCCGCUGCUGCUCUCGCUGCCAGGAGUGUGGUGCUUUAGUGAACUGUUUUUUGUGAAAGAGCCUCAGGACGUUACUGUCUCAAGGAAGGAUCCGGUGGUUUUAGACUGCCAAGCCCGUGGUGAAGCUCCUGUAACUAUUACAUGGCUGAAAAAUGGAGGCAAAGUGUCUGAAAAUGAACGGAUCUACACUUUAUCCAAUGGCUCGUUGUAUAUCAGUGAGGUGGAAGGAAAGAAGGGAGAACUGUCUGAUGAAGGAUUUUACCAGUGCUUAGCUCUGAACAAAUAUGGGGCCAUUCUCAGUCAAAAAAGCCACCUUACACUAGCAACCAUUUCUGCAUUUGAAGUCCAGCCACUUUCAACUGAAGUCCAAGAAGGUGGAGUAGCUCGAUUUGCCUGUAAAAUAACAGCAAACCCUCCUGCCACUGUGACAUGGGAAGUGAAUAGAACAACUUUACCUUUAAUCAUGGACAGGAUAACUGCUCUGCCUACAGGAGUGCUUCAGAUCUAUGGUGUUGAGCAGAAGGAUGCUGGGAAUUACCGAUGUGUUGCCACGACUGCAGCCAAUAGACGUAAAAGCACCGAGGCAGUGCUGAGUGUUAUUCCAGCCUCAGAAUUGAAGCCUUUUCACAAACCAUCUAUAAUAGCUGGUCCUCAAAACAUUACAGCAUCUCUUCAUCAAACUGUCAUACUGGAGUGUGUAGCCACAGGGAAUCCAAAGCCAAUCAUCUCAUGGAGCCGAUUAGACCAUAAGUCCAUUGAUGUCUUCAACACCCGAGUCCUCGGGAAUGGGAACCUGAUGAUCUCUGAUGUGAAGGUGCAGCAUGCAGGUGUCUACAUCUGCCGGGCCACUAUUCCUGGCACCCGGAACUUCACAGUGGCAAUGGCAACUCUCACUGUGCUGGCUCCACCUUCAUUUGUGGAAUGGCCAGAAAGCUUAACAAGGCCUAGAGCUGGUACUGCUCGUUUUGCUUGUCAAGCAGAAGGAAAUCCUGCCCCCAAAAUUUCAUGGUUAAAAAAUGGAAGGAGAAUACACUCCAAUGGUAGAAUAAAAAUGUACAACAGUAAAUUGGUAAUUAACCAGAUCAUUCCUGAAGACGAUGCCAUUUAUCAGUGCAUGGCUGAGAACAGCCAGGGCUCCAUUCUCUCCAGGGCCAGACUCACUGUGGUUAUGUCAGAAGACAGGCCCAGUGCACCUUACAACGUCCAUGCUGAAACCAUGUCGAGCUCAGCAAUCCUGCUGGCCUGGGAGAGGCCACUGUAUAAUUCAGACAAAGUGAUUGCAUACUCUGUGCAUUACAUGAAAGCAGAAGGUUUAAAUAAUGAAGAGUACCAAGUGGUCAUUGGAAAUGAUACAACCCAUUACAUUAUUGAUGACUUGGAGCCAGCCAGCAACUACACCUUCUAUAUUGUAGCUUAUAUGCCUUUGGGAGCCAGUCAGAUGUCAGACCAUGUGACUCAGCACACCCUCGAAGAUGUUCCCUUGAGAGCUCCUGAAAUCAGUUUGACGAGCAGGAGUCCUACAGAUAUUCUCAUAUCUUGGCUGCCAAUUCCUGCAAAAUACAGGAGAGGCCAGGUUGUCCUGUACCGUCUGUCAUUCCGCCUCAGCACAGAGACCAAAAUCCAAGUGCUGGAGCUUCCAGGCACUUCAGAUGAGUAUCUCCUUGAAGGCCUGAGGCCUGACAGUGUGUACUUGGUUCGUAUCACUGCUGCAACGAGGAUUGGCUGGGGAGAGGCGUCUUUGUGGACCUCACACCGAACUCCCAAAGUUACAAGUGUGAAAGCACCAAAGUCUCCUGAGCUGCGUUUGGAGCCCAUGAACUGCACAACCAUCACAGUGCAGUGGCAGCAGGACUCUGAGGACACUGCAGCUGUCCAAGGGUACAAACUGUACUACAAGGAAGAGGGGCAGCAGGAGAAUGGACCGAUUCUGUUGGAUGCCAGUGACCUGGAAUAUACUGUCAGUGGUUUGGAUCCUAGAAGAAAGUAUCAUGUAAGGUUGCUGGCAUAUAACAGUAUGGAAGAAGGUUAUCAGGCUGACCAAACAGUCAGCACUCCAGGAUGUGUCUCUGUCCGUGAUCGCAUGGUGCCACCCCCACCACCUCCUCACCACCUCUAUGCCAAAGCUAACACCUCAUCUUCCAUCUACCUUCACUGGGGAAAGCCUGCCUUCACCUCUGCUCAGGUCAUCAACUACACUGUGCGCUGCAACCCCGUGGGGCUGCAGAACGCUUCACUGGUUCUCUACCUCCAAACGUCAGAGACUCAUAUGUUAGUUCAAGGUCUUGAGCCAAAAACCAUGUAUGAAUUUGCAGUUCGACUGCACGUGGACCAGCUCUCCAGUCCUUGGAGUCCUGUAGUCUACCAUACUACCCUCCCAGAAGCACCAUCUGGCCCUCCAGUAGGAGUGAAGGUGACUUUGAUAGAGGAUAAUACUGCUUUGGUUUCCUGGAAGCCACCUGAUGGUCCUGAAACAGUUGUUACAUGUUACACUAUCCUCUAUGCAUCCAGGAAAUCUUGGAUUGCUGGGGAAUGGCAAGUGUUGCACAGAGAAGGAGCGAUUACCAUGGCUUUGCUGGAAAACCUUGUAGCAGGAAACAUCUACUUGGUUAAAAUAGCAGCCUCCAAUGAAGUGGGAGAAGGACCCUUCUCAAAUGCAGUGGAAUUUGCUGUCCUGCCAAAGGAGACAUCAGAGUCUAACCAGAGACCUAAACGCUUGGAUUCUGGAGAUUCCACGACUUAUUCUGACUAUUACCAUCUGGACCAGAAAUCAAUGACUGGCAUUGUUGUUGGGGUUUGCAUAGCCUUGACCUGCAUCCUUAUCUGCAUCCUGAUCUUAAUUUAUCGCAGUAAAGCCAGGAAGGCAUCUGCUCCUAAGCCUGUGCAGCAAAGCGCUGACCAGCUGUCACGUACCAGCAUCUCAUUAGCCAGUCCUAAUGAGGUGGAGAAGAAUAUUGAAGGAAUUGCAGAGAAUGAAGAAUCCUUAUUGCCAAUGAUAGUGGGAAACAGCUUCAUCGAUGCUAAGGGAGGGUCUGAUCUGAUUAUUAACAGCUAUGGGCCUGUCACAAAGACUAAUGGCAAGAAAAGGUGGCUGUUCUUCCAAGAUGCUAAGAAGGUGAAGACUGAGGAGCCGCAGAGGAGGUUUGUGCAGGCUGUGUGUCUGUACCAGCCAAGCCCCACGGUGCUGCUCAGCCAGGAUGGCUCCCCCGGCUCCCCCGGCCAGCAGUCCAGCUUCCAGGUGCCCUUCAGUGUGGUGGCUGACACCGAGCAUUCGGCCAACAGCGAAGGGAGCCAUGAGACUGGAGACUCCGGGAGGUUUUCUCACGAGUCCAACGAUGAGAUCCACCUCUCAUCCGUGCCAAGUGCCACCCCUCCUGGCAGCAGCCCUUUGGCCAGCAGUGACUCGGUGGUGGGCGCGGGGAGCCGGGCCAUGAGCAGCUGUGCAGAGGUGCCGCUGCUGUUUGCUGCUGGCCACGCUCCCACCUCCCCUCUGCAGAUCCACCCAGCGGUGCCCAACUGACACCCCGGGGCCACGCCGGACGUUCUGUGUGUGUCUGUUCGAAGGACAAUGAACAGGGAGCCAAAGUUUGAUUGUGGAAAGCCUGACUAACCUAGCAGGUGAUCUGCAGUUCUGGUGAAUGUUCGGGUUUUUUUCCUAUAUUUUGGUUUGUUUUUUUGAAGCUCACUCAUUUUGAAUGUUCAGUGGUCAAAAAAUGUGAAAGGAGUGAAGACUUCUGACUAAUGUUAAAAAUAUGUCACUGGAGCAAAGGGAAGGCUGUUGGCCCUUUUGCUGACUAUCUACCUCAGUUUACCGAGAGGUGAACUCUGAAUGACGACUGCUUUACCUCAUUUGUGUUCUAGUUGGUCUCAGCUGAUGGAACUGAAGAUACUUCCUAGUAGUGUUGUUUCAUUUUGGGUUUUUUUAUUCCCCCCCCCCCCCCCACCCUUGCCCCAGUUGUGUGUAGAGUGUGUGUGUGUGUGUGCAUGUGUGUGUGCUCAGUGAUCAGGGAGUUGUAUAGGUUGGUGGACAAGAUUGUUUAGCUGAAGCUCUGUCUUUAAAAAGAAGGAAACCCCAGAGUAUAAAAUGUUAUGAUUUAAUGUGGUUGACACAGAGUAUGUUAAAAACUGGGAGAACUGGAACUUCCAUGUAUACAACCACAUGAAAUCUUUUGUACCUCUUGAUUUCUUAGAUGCUCAGUAAGCCUAGGACAGUGCCUUUCCCUCAGAAACCUGUACCAGCAGCUGCUGGCAGCAUGUAUGCUAUAUCCUUGGGGCUCUGAGACAUGGUGGAUUCCCUCCACUGUGGCAAAUAUUGCCCCUGUGUUCACAGUUAAGGCUAAAAAUCAUGGUAAAAUGAAGAAGUACUCAGCAUUUUCAAACAGCUUGGCUUUGCCUGGGAAUUAUGGAAUAGAUAAUAAUAUUUAUAUUGUUAUGAGUAUUCCAGUAUCACAGUACUUCUUAGCAGUGGUGCCUUGCAUUAUAUAUUAUGAAAUUACUGAUUUGCCUUAUUCCUUUUUAGUAUUCAUAAACUUCCUUUGGAGUACAGAAAGAUGCCUUAAAUGCUUCUUAGGUGUUUUAAGUAAACUGUAACAUGAAUUUAUAGUUCAUUUUUACCCAUCUUUGAGUGCUGAUAAGCAGUACUAGCAUUGUAGUAUGUCUCAGAACUGUUAGGAUGCAAACCUGCUCCUUGCCUUCACCUAGUGUGCUAUUAGCCAGGAAUUUUAGCUCAGGGAGUGACUUUACCUAUAUGCCAAUCUAAAACUCUGAUUAGGGAUGAGAAAUAAAAAAGCCAGAGCUUUAGUUGAAGAGUCUGUUGAAAGAGGUGAGUACUGCUACUGCCUCGAACCCAUGCAAUUCCUGUUUUAUACUACCUCCUUUGAAAAUGAUUCUAGUGUUUUUUUGGAUUUUGUUGUUGUUGUUUUUUCCUGUACUCAGGGAACAGUUGUUACUUUUAAGCUGCCUCACGGAAACGUGGAGCAAACGGACAGGGUAUCGUUUUGUUUUUUAAUAGGAGAGAGCGAGAGACAGGGAGGAGGCUGGAAUCAUCCAAUGUCAUAAACUUGCCUGUAUCUAUAUCCAGUCCUCUUCUCACUCCUCCUCUUUCUCUGUUCUACUUAAAAAGAAAGAAAGAAAAGGAAAAAAAAUUAGGCAUAUGUUUUUACUUAAAGAAAUUGUUUAAAAUGUAAUGUAAGAAAUCAACCAUAGGAACUCCUGGCUCUAUUUAAGUCUGUCAGAACUCCCACUGACUUUACUGGGGCUGAGAUGUCACCUCCAUGUGUGCCAGGCUGACUCCUGUGUUGCUCCUCAGUAUCAGUAGGUGGUCAGAAGUUGUGGGUAAGCCCUACUCUUGUGAUUGGAUUGUGCUGAGGAACCGAGCUCUGGUUCCUGGAGUUCUUUCCCUUGGAACUGUUGCCAGUCCUGAAGCACACAGUACACAUUCACCUCUCCCUAACAGUGUUGAUUCAAAUGCUUGAAGAAUGAUCUUGUACCAAAGACUUUUCUGUAGAAGAGAAGGAAGCCACAUCCAAAAGGAAUUGAACUAGUUAAAAAGCUGUAGGUUUGAAGAGCUGAAGACAUUUUAUUGUAUAAGUAGUUACUAACAAAAACCAAUAGGGCUUCUUGAUUGUAGUAGCCGAUUGCAUAGGUGAGUUGUAUGCUUCAACAAUUUAAACUACCUUGUUGUUACAAGAGCCUUUAAAGAAAGUUAUAAUGCCAGCAGAUAUCUCCAAAGAAUUUCGAGUGUAAUUUUUUUUCUCCAGCAGGUAGUUGAUGAACAGUACAGUAUUAAGAAAAGUAUUUUUUAACAGUUUUUUAUCUACUUGCUGAAGAAAAUGAAAACCUUUUCACCAAAGAUUUAUUUUUGGUCUUGUCAGGCAGAAUGUGUAGUGUACAGCAGAGUACUGUUUUUAGUUAGGUAAAGUGUGAAUUAAUCAAAACUAGAGUAAGAAUGUGUAACUGUAGCAUGAAGUUUCACACUUCAUCUUUCAGAGUAGCCCCUUGUGUUAGUUGCCUUCAGAAAGAGCUGAUAUGCAGAUGGUAACUGCUUCUCCAAAGACUUGUUUGCUGUAAGUACUGGUAAUGGGAUAUAAUUUUAUGAUCCUUGUUACAGGUAAAUACUAUAAAUCCUAAACUCUUCCUUCUAAAGAUCCAUUCUAUAGUUUAACCUAUGGAUAAUCUGAGAGAAACAGACUUCAUAUAAAAUCUGCCAAUCUUAUAUAGAUGCUUUAAGUUCAAUAGCCAAAGAGUUGAAAAUGCCCAGUGUGUAAGAGAGCAGUGCAUCCAGAACUGGAUCCAUCACUUAUUGUUUUAUUGAGGUACUUCUUAGCAGCAAAUAAAGAAAACCAAAGAUAUUUAAGGUUACCUCAGCAUAUAGGCAAGCUUAGUUAGGCAUUAAUUAUUCUGUCUUUAUUUUUAUGUUAACCAAAUAUUAAACAUUUCUCCAGAACCUAGUCUACAUUCAUGUGCUUCCCUUUGACACAGUCAUGAUUUCUAUAGAACAAAAAUCCUCUCCUCAAAAUUCAUGGCCUAGUACUAAUAUAUCACAAGAUUUUAUGAGAGAAAUUUGUCUCAUGAUGGAAAACUCCAACAGGUAAGCAAAGGAAAAAAAAAAGAAAAAUUGUAGAAAUUUAUAAUAUCUCUAUUGAACUUAACAACAGAAUCAAUCCUUCAUGAUUGGAACAGAGCAAAAUUUAAAAGUUUAAAUGCUUCAUAUCCUUGCAGUCAAUGCAUGUAAUUUUAAAUACAAUAUUACAGAUGGUAAUUUUUUUGAAGCUAUACCUGUGGCUGUCUAAGAGAAUGAGUUUUUCACUUUGUUCAUUCCAUUUGCCUAGAAAGAGCUGGCAGAACAGACCAGGCAGACCUGUUUCAGGUUUUCCAGGUUUUUCUUCUAGUUUAUGUCUGUAGAAACUGGGUCCUGGAGAAAAAAAAUAUAAUUUCUUAAUUAUGAAUUUUGCUAAAUAUGUUCUGGAAGAUGAACAUAAAUGUGGAAUUUAGUGUUACACUGUGUGAAUUGAUUUUGUUUAAGUGUAGUAAGAACUAAGGAGCCAUGGCUGGUGUAAUGAGUGUAUGUGCAACCCUUGUGUUUUAAAAAAAAAGCAAAAAUGUUACCAUUGAUGUGACUUGAAAAGCAUCAAAACUUACAGAGGAAACCUUGAAACUGACUUGCCAUGGUGAUGGUGUUUGUAAGAGAGGAUCUGCCCUUCAGCUGCCACAGCAAGGCCUGUUCUGCAAGACCUGGAGCCAAAACUGAAUGCUCAAUCUGCCCACAGCUACACUUGUGUACUUUCUCCAUAUUUAACAAAUGCAAAGCACUGUCAUCUUUCAGUAGUUAUCCAGAAUUGGGAAUGUGUGUGCUGUGCAGAACAGGGCAUAUCAGUUGGUUACUUUUUAAUAGCUCUGCUAUUGUAAGAGAAAUCUGAAAAUUCUACAUAUCACUUUCAGUAAUUUCCUAUAUUAGCUCUCCAUUUUUUGUAUAACUGAUGCUAUUUUUAACAGAAAAGAAUAUGAAGAGAUUGUUUUGCCUGUUUUUAAUUAUUCUUAUAGUUCAUUCCCUCUCUGGGUUUAAUCCCAUACUUUAGAUGUGAACUUCAUCUUGUUUGCCUUAUUAGAAUCAGGGUCCUCAUCCUGUUUCUUUUUAAGCCAAUGGGAGAAUUAAUUUGUAUUUCAGUUUGCAUAGUCUGGACAGACAAAAUAAGCUUUUGUUUGUUUGUUUUUUAAACCUUCACAGUACUAUUAUUUUAAAAGGACAGAAGACUUAGAUGGUUAAAACUCCCACUGGCAAAUGGAUUUUUGUAAGAAAAGUCACCAUGCAUAGGAGGUCCUCUGUAACUCUCCAUGAAAACUCUCCAUACUACAGUAUUAGCCUGUAGUAAACACUGAGUAUUUCAAGUCAGUUUACCUCUUUUUCAUUGCAAAUCAAGUUAACUUGAAUGACUUCUCAUUUGCUGCAGCCUGGGUGUACACAAGCAGAGUUACUGUUGGCUCUCAGUAAAAUGUUACUCUGAGCUAGCUCUGAGCUCUUGUUCAUUUUAUCCAUUACAGAAUGAAGUUCAUGCAGGGAAAAGUCCAUCUCCUAGCACAGGGAACAUUGGUAGGUUUUGUAGGGCACUCCAUGUUUAGCCAAAACUCCCAUUCAUGGCAACCAAAAAGAGCUGCCCAGGUGUAAUGCUGGUGGUAUUUCACAGAAACCAUUUUACUGACAUUAUUCUCAGAAAACAGAAAGCAGAAUUACACUUAGUAAUUGCUAAAGUGGUAGUUCUUAGGUUGAACAAUUGUUACACACUUACCAGUUGCUGCAAAUGCUGCUCUGGUAAUGGUAGGCAAUCUCUAAAGCAGAGGGAUUCCUGUCUGCAGGAAAUACUGAGCACCUUUCUGUAAUAACACUAUGUAGUAUUUUGGAACAUGUGUUUCAAAAACCACUGUUCUUCAAUACAAGUCCAAACCCAAAUCACUUACUAUUAACAGAGAAAAGAACACAAAUUCAGUUUAGCUUAAAUGCGAGUACAUUUAUUUCUUUGGAAUCCCUCUGGAUUCAUACUGAGCCUGGUCCUCCUGGCUGACUCAAAAGGGAUGUAAAAACAUGCUUAAGGCUUUGCUGUGUUGGGCCCUCUGAUUCCAUAGGGUUCCUUCAAAAAAAAAUCCAGCUUUUCAUGGUUGCAUAUACUCACAUUGCAUCUGCCUGGUGUGUUUUCAGUGAAGACUGACUGUAUAUGAAAAAUGGACUUACACAAAUGUUGCUUUUUGAUUGUUUGGCUUCUUUUUUUUUUUUUUUUUUUUAAGUUGUGAAUGACUUGCCAGUGUAGGAGCCAGGUGUGUAUCUCACAUUUUGGUGUUCUGGAUCCUUUCACUCCGUGUGCCAUUUUCUUCUAAGGGCAGCAAUGGCUGACUGGCUAAUGGAGGAUGGAGCUGAAUUGUAUUAAUUUUAUAUUUGUCUCAGGGGAUCAGCUCCAUGAAUUCCAUUGCAUGAGGGAAGCUAAUGUUUGCCCUGAUUUGAAUGUAACUUUUUAAUGUCUUUUAAAAACUAUUUUGUUUAAUAAUGUGGACUUGUUUUUCUUUUUCUAGCAUUCUAGUAAAUAUUACCUAGUGUGUUGGUUAAUUUCUCCCCUCCAGGGUUGUUUAUAUACUACCCCAAGGUCAUGCCAAAAAAUAAUAGAAGUUUAAAUGCCAAAUGUUUAUGAAACUGCUGUCUAAAUACUGAUUGAUUGCACAGUUGAAAUAAAAGUUUUCCUUA